UUGUAUGCAAUACGAUCUAAACUACUUGAAUUUAUUUUGACGUGUUUUGCGUAUUCUUUGUUCUUAUUUCUCGUAAUAAAUAAAAAAAUAUUUGCUUUCAAGAUGACUAUGGCUAUGCUUCAACGAAGAGCUAAUGUGAGAUUACCUCCAGAAGUAAACAGAGUAUUAUAUAUAAGAAAUUUGCCAUACAAAAUUACUGCUGAAGAAAUGUAUGAUAUUUUUGGUAAAUAUGGAGCUAUUAGACAAAUUAGAGUGGGCAAUACUGCUGAAACUAGGGGAACAGCAUUUGUUGUUUACGAAGAUAUAUUUGAUGCAAAAAAUGCUUGCGAUCAUUUAAGUGGAUUUAAUGUUUGUAAUAGAUAUUUAGUAGUUUUAUAUUAUCAAAGUAAUAAAGCAUUUAAACGAGUUGAUGUAGAUAAGAAAAUGGAAGAAAUAGAUAAGUUAAAAACAAAAUAUAAUUUGAAUGAAGAAAAAAAAUAACAACAUAAUAAUUUUUUAAAUUUAAUGAAAAUGCAGAAACAAUUCAUUUUGUAAUGUAAA